CUUCAAGUUGCAGCAGCAGCAUCUCAUGGUCGCUGUGAGUCCGGGGCGCACGAGAGAUGAUGCUGCUGGUGUUUGGAGCCCUCCUCCUGCUCUUCUGUACUCUGGAUGUUUGGUACUUCCUGCGAGGGGUCAAGGUCUUUAUCCAGGCAUGGUUCCAGCCCAGAAUAUGGGACAUUCUAGCAGAGCAAAGCAUCGAUGGCAUGGUCCUCCCGCAUGACCUGGACUACAUGGGCCACAUGAACAACUCUCGAUACCUGAGGGAGUGCGACUUUGCUCGCUUUCACCAUUACAUGCGAAACGGGCUGUUCAUGGCCUCGUGCAGGAUGGGGGCCAAAAUGGUGGUAGGGGCUUCCACCAUCCGGUACCGGCGCUCCUUGGCCUUCCGCGAGGCUUUUGAGAUUCGGACCAAAGUGUUGGGAUGGGACGAGAAGGCCUUUUACUUGGAGCAGCGCUUUGUGUCCAAGAAAGACGGCUUUGUGUCUGCGGUCAUGCUCUGCAGACAGAAUGUGGUGCGCUGCAGCCCAGAGAGCGUUAUCGAAUUUGUAUGCAAGAGGAAGAUCGAGUGUCCCAAGUUUCCAGAGGACCUCCAACACUGGAUCAGCUUCAUUACAGCCAGCAGCCAGGCCCUGAGAGCGGAGAGCGGACUGGAGGACAAGAACAAGUGAAGCCACACCAUGAAACCAUCACGCAUCAUGAGUGUAGACACACAUAUCAUUUGCAUUGCACGCACACAUAUACAGUAAACAUCCAUACACACAUGCACACACACAGUUAAACAUCAUAGACAGUUUUACUUGACUUAUAAGACUCCACUGAUUUUUGUUCUGGAUCAAUCCUACCUAUCCUGCUGUGUAUUUUUGUAGGAGUUGAACCGAAAAUGAAACUGCUGAAUACGAAAACUUGAACUGUAGGUUUUACAUGUUUUAAAAUGCACGUACGCACUGGGAUCAUAAUUGAAGUUUCUCUCUGAGAAAAGGGAAACAAUAGCUUUAUCCUUGCAGCUUAUUCAGUAGUGGACUGUGAGUAGACUGGCUUUAGAAAUCGUCGUUCUCAUUUAGCAAACUCCUCUAACGUCAGAUAAAGCAUGUAGAGGAAAAGUUAAUCUUCCACUGACAUAGAUGCAUGUUUCGAAAAAAACAGAAUAUAUUUUUUGUGCCUGUUCCUCUCCAUUAGUCGUAGUCUGCAGUUAUGAUUUCAGAGAAUUAUAACUUUUUAUGAAAAGCGUACAGUAUGCGUGAAGAAAUGCUUGAAUAGACAUAAUGUAACAGCAACUAGUUUUAAUCUACCCAUCAGCACUUUGCACAAGAUGAUAUAAGUGAGUAAACAAACUGUCUCUUUCCGUGUCAAAUCGUCACACUUCUGGGCCGAUCAUAGAAACGUAUGGAUCUUUUUCAGAUCUUAAUUAAGAAAGAUAUGAGCUAACGGAUUCCAAACUUUUUUCAUUCGCACCUGCAUCAUGAAUUUGAAUUUUCAUCUUUGAGUGAACUUUCCUAGGUCAUAUCUCCCUUAAAAUAGGUCAUAGGUUUGGUUCUCAUAUCGUUUCAUGGCUCUUUUCCAGCUCCAUAUUUAUCUUAACAUGUCCACAAUAUAGAAACUCUCAGUAUUAUGAGUGAUUAUAACAAUUCAAGUUGAAUAGUAAACAAAUGUAUAAAGUCAUCCUGACCUCCGUAAAGUUGAAUUAUGAGUUGUUGCAAAGAUAUCGUUACUUCUCUAAAGUUGCAUCCCAUUACCAACACAUUCAAUGUGUUGGACCAGCAGUUAAUGAUCCGUGCAUGCUCAGGCACACGUGUGAUGAAGCAGCCCUGAAGUGUGACGAUUUGACACAGAAUGACUUGAGAGGGAAUCUUGUUCUAUUUUAUUUUUUGAGGGAUCCUUUUACCAGUUCAUUUUUGUUCCUUGACCAAAUUUGUAGUCCAUGCAUUUAAAGAGCGGGAUUCUUGAAUUUUGAGUUCUGUUUGAUUUUAGAAGAAUGUGUGUGAUCCAGAUUGACAGGCGUGACAAACUAUUGUUGAUAUUGUACGAGGUUGCUGCCAACUUUUCCAAACUUGCGACGCACAAUAAACACACUGAUGUUUGGAUGAUGCUUGGUUUUUAUUGAGGCAGCCUUAUGACAAUCUGGAACCUUUUCCUUUAACGCAUCAAAGCUUAAGUUUGUGACCAAUGUAAUGUAUUGUUCUGUAUGAAGAGGAAACUGAAUUCAUGUUUAAAGAUGCACUGUCUAACCUUUUAUUUAUGUUGCCCAUGCACAAUACUUAUAUUUAAUUCCUUUAGAUUUAGUGUUGUCCUUUUUGUUUUCCACUCAUCAUUAUUUAUGAUUUACUGAAAUGGAUUCA